UCUUUCCACACGUUGUAGUGUUUGUCUUCUCUCUUCCCUCUUCUCUCGCUCAUGAACUCCUCCCGCCAUGAAUUGAUCUCCCAAUCUCCUCAGAACCACCCAUUCCUCCAAGUUUGAAGUGACAUUCCCGAGAUCUGAAGUAUGGCAUUUAGUGUUUGCACAAACCAUUUUCCUUCCUAUGGAUGUGCGCAACGAGCUAGGUGCAAUGCUCAACACCAUCAAAACCUAUCUAAGUUCAAAUUAUGGGCCAAUACAAACAUUUCAAGGACCUGUCUUUGGAUGAAAUCUCAAUCAGAUAGUCAUCAGUUUAAGUGUGGAGGGCCUCAUUGGAAUUCCAGGAGUGAAAUUAUAGCUGCAUCAAGCAAGUCUAAUGUUCAUGUUGAAGCAGCAGAGCUAGCAGUGUUACCCAAUGUUGCAAAGCAAUUCUGGAAAGUCCAUGUCAUCACUAUAACUGGAUUCCUUAUGAGCAUUUUUUUAGUUGUUCCUUCAACCGGUGCGGUUGAUGCACUCAAGACAUGCACUUGUUUAUUGAAAGAAUGCAGGGUGGAGCUGGCCAAGUGCAUUGCGAAUCCUUCCUGUGCUGCAAACAUUGCUUGCCUGCAAACCUGCAACAAUCGUCCUGAUGAGACAGAAUGCCAGAUCAAGUGUGGGGACUUGUUUGAAAACAAUGUGGUAGAUGAAUUCAAUGAGUGUGCGGUAUCACGCAAGAAAUGUGUUCCUAGAAAGUCUGAUGUCGGCGAGUUUAAGGUCCCCGACCCAUCUGCACUUGUCAGAAACUUCAACAUUGCAGAUUUUAGCGGGAAGUGGUACAUAACUCGUGGCUUGAACCCUACUUUUGACACUUUUGACUGCCAAUUGCACGAGUUCCAUGUUGAAUCAGGCAAAGUCAUUGGUAACAUAUCAUGGCGCAUACGAACUCCCGAUUCUGGCUUUUUCACUAGAUCUACUCUACAGAAAUUUGUGCAAGAUCCUUCACAGCCUGGAAUCCUCUACAAUCAUGACAACGAGUAUCUACAUUAUCAAGACGACUGGUACAUUUUAUCGUCUAAGGUGGAAAAUGAACCAGAUGAUUACAUAUUUGUUUAUUAUAUAGGUAGGAAUGAUGCAUGGGAUGGAUAUGGAGGAGCAGUAGUGUACACAAGGAGCUCAGUUUUACCAGAGAGCAUCAUACCAGAGUUAGAGAAAGCAGCUAAAAGUGUCGGCCGAGACUUUAGCAAGUUCAUCAAGACAGACAAUACAUGUGGCCCUGAACCUCCUCUGGUUGAAAGAAUUGAGAAAACAGUCGAGGCUGGAGAGGAGACCAUCUUAAGGGAAGUAGAGGAGAUCGAAGAGGAGGUGGAAAUGGUCGGCAAGACCGAAGCUACAUUGCUUCAAAGACUUGCAGACGGGUUCAUGGAAGUGAAGAGAGAUGCUGAAAAUUUUUUCAGGGGGCUUGGGAAGGAAGAGAUGGAACUUUUGAAUGAUCUCAAGAUGGAAGCAACUGAAAUUGAGAAAGUUUUUGGCAGAGCAUUGCCAUUGAGGAAACUCAGAUGAACACAUUUUGAAAAGUAUCAUCACGGCAGCAUGCAAAGUAUCACCAAAGUUGUUUUUCAGUUCUUUUACAUACAGCAAAAGAAUUUUCUGAAUUUGUUCAUAAAAGAUUCAGUUACUUGCAAUAUUUCUUGGUUUAUAUCCUUAAUUAUGCAAGAUUUUGUAUGGUGAACACUGGAUGGAGA